AUGAAGCACAGAUCGCCGAGGACCCGGUGCGCGCCGCCGCCGGUGGGAGUGCCAGCGCGCGGCUGGGGAGGGAGGACGCUGCUGGUGGCGGUUCGGAGGGACGCGGCCGGGAGGGAGCUGCUCACCUGGGCGCUGGCCAAGGCCGCCUCCGCCGGCGACCGCGUUGUUGCCCUCCACGUCACCACCGCCGGAGCCGCCGACGGGUUCGGGCCGGACGAGAGGAGCAGAGCCGCCGAUUCGCUGGCCUCCGUGCUCGGCGCGUACGACGGCUUCUGCAAUCUCAGCCAGAUCAACCUGGAGCUCAGGGUCUGCCAUGGAUCAUCCGUCAAGAGGGCUUUGGUAAACGAGGCCAUCUCCUACGGCGCCGCGCAACUCAUCCUCGGGAUCACCAAGAACUCUAGGCAUCUCGGAUUGUCUGCCACCGUUGUGGCCAAGUACUGCGCGAAGAGGGUUCCGCAGAGCUGCACGGUUCUCGCGGUCAGCAAUGGCGCCGUCGUGUACCAUGGGAACGCAAUACAGGAGGAGAUCAACCACUGCUGCACUACAACAAAGAUCACCAACAACCCAGUACAACACACGCCACAAAAACACACGCACACAUCCAAGGCAGGAUACAUAGGCGCUGAGCGCAGCAACACCACCCCUAGCACUACAAGAGUCACUGGGGGCCUCAACCGUGAACACGCCACCGCGAGGAGAAGAAGCUACAUACGACGCACCAUGGGCUUCAAGGCGGUGCCUACAAGAAGGUUACGACACCGAAGUGCCGCCACCGCCCGACCCAAGGAUCAGAGUUUCCUCCGGAGCAACACGACGGGCAGCGAGAGUCGUGGCAACGCCUUCAAGAAGGGUACGAGCUUCGCCGUCGCCGGUCAAUCCGAAGAUAGAACAGGUUUUCACCCCCGACCAAUAUUCACCGCCACCAAACGCCACACCCUGGCUACCACGCCGCCCACACGGCCAUGGCCACCAGGCAGCACCAAGUCACGGGCUUUGCCCAAAAGCACCGCGACACCACCACCAGGGCCGCCGCCCCAGCAUCCAGGACCUUGA